AAGUUCUAAGAAACUGACAGCAGACUACAAAAUUACAGGAUUGUACUUCCUUAAAUUCCCAGUUAAAGGAUAGAUGGUGUGUGUAAAUAUAGUCGCGGGGGAAGCUGGACUGACUGUGACCCAGUUACAAACAUGAAAACUAGGGAACAGAAGCUAAAAAGAGGGGACCCACAUAUAUGUGAUCCAGUCAAAAUAGUAGAAAAGAUGUGCAAAAGAAAGAAACCAAAACGAAAUGGUAUGGAGUGUAAAUAUAGUCGUGGAGGCAGCUGGAGUGACUGUGACCCAGUUACAAACAAGAAAACACGGGAACAAAAGCUAAAAAGAGGGGACCCACGUAUAUGUGAGCCUGUCAAAGAUGUAGAAAAGAUGUGCAAAAGGAAGAAACUGAAACCAAAUGGUUGUAAAUAUAAAAGGGGCCAAUGGAGUGAAUGUGAUGGUACUACAAACAUCAAAACUAUGGUGAAAACUUUAAAGAGAGGUGAUACAAAUACCUGCCCACCUACUCAGGUGUUGGAGAAAAUAUGUAAACGGCAGCAUAAAGGUUUAAAAACUAAUUGUAAGUAUAAGAAAAUGGGGCGAUGGGGAGCAUGUGACCUUACUACAGGGGUCAGAUCAAGGGAAGUAACUUUGAAGAAAGGUGAUCCUGAAGUUUGUCCCCUGAAGAAAACUGUAACAAAACCUUGUUUAAAGAGGAUGAAUAAAAAGAAAGGAAAGGGUAAAGGCUGUCAAUAUGAGAAGCAACCUUGGAGUCCCUGUGAUGCUGCCAGUAACACAGUCAGUCGAACUUUAACACUGAAGGAUGGGGACCCAACACGUUGUAAUGUUACAAAGCUACAAGUGAAAAAGUGUAAAAAUAAGCAUCUUAGACCACAUGUGUGUAAGUACAGACGAACGAGUUGGGAAGAAUGUGAUUCAACUACAAAUAUGCGUGUAAUGGUGAAAACUUUAAAAAGAGGAGAUCCUGCUCAGUGCGAACCAACACAAACAAUAGAGAGAAAAUGUAAAGGGAAAAAGAAAACAAAUGUUUGUAAAUACAAGUACGAGCAGUGGUCAGAAUGUAAUAUAACAACUAAUACUAUGACCAGACGCCAAGUUUUGAAAAGUGGACCAGCAUCCUGCCAGCCUGUUAAAGAAUACUCAAAGAAAUGUAAAAAACCAUGUAAGUUUGAGAAUGGUGAUUGGUCAGAAUGUGAUCCAGAGACCAAUCAGAUGAGGAGAAUAGAUACACUAAAAAAAGCAACAAAUCCCUCAUGCCCACAGACCAGGGUCCUUACAAAGAAAUGUGGAAAUGGAAAAGAUAAAAAAUGUGUUUAUGAUCGUGGGACAUGGACUGACUGUGAUACUUCAGAAAAUCCAGUACGGACGAGGGCACAAAAAUUAAUUUCAGGUGGACCGUCUUGUGAACCAGAGAAAAUUACAACAAAAUCAUGCACUAAACAAAACGGAGAAGUUCGAUGCUUUUUUGGACCAUGGUCUGAGUAUGACAACUGUAUGAAUGGUGUUCAGAAAAAGCGGCGACAGGUUCUACAAGGUGGACAAGAUUGUGAAAGAAAGAGUGUUAAAAUGAAAGCAUGCUAGUAGAAAUACUGUUUAGCGUCUGUUUGUGAUGACUGGAAGUGAUAAUAUUUUGACAGAGGAACAAGUGUGAGAGUUAUGCUUAUAGAAAUCCACUACUGCAAUGUGAUAAAAAUAGUUAACUAUUGCCUUUAUAUGUCAGCAUUCUACUAGUGUAAAUAGGAAUACAUUUUAACCCUCAUCCUGCUAACUUUCUAUAAUGAACUUGUUCAUCUUUCAAUUUGGACAGUACCAUUAACCGUUAAAAGGGGUACUAACCAAAAAUAUACUGACAGAAUGGCAAACAGUGCAGAUCAUGAUCAGACUGCACAGAUGUGCAGGCUGAUCAUGAUCUUCUGGUACACUGGUCACAAAGGCAGAAUCAAUCAUGUUUAGCAUGAUAAGUGUUAGAAUUUUAUUGAAAUAUGUUCUAGAAAUGUAAUCAUUUUGUUGCAUUUUUAUGACCUAAAAUCAAUUUUUGAUAUGGUUUGUUAAUCUUUAGUUGACAAUGUGCAGUUUGACUAAAAUAGUGUUGGAACAAGGUAAAAAAAAGGAUAUGCAAAAGUAAGUUAAAUUCAUCAAAAUAAGGGAAAAUGUAUUAAACAACCAGCUUUAAUAUGUCUUGGGUUCAUUCCUGUUAAUUUAUAAAAGGUUGUAUAGUAAACUAUAUAUUUUUCAUUUUGUUGAUUUGAACAGAGGUGAUAAGUUAUUGGUCCAAAUACAGAAUGUUAUCAAAAUAAAGUCAAGUCCAACUAGGUUCACUUCCGGAGAAAGUAGAGGCUAAAUACCUUGCUAACUCUUGAUUUCGUUGCUGUCCCUUGGACAUGGAAAAUCCCGACAAAGCAGACAUGUGAUAUCCUUAGUGUGCCUGGUUGGGCUGCCUGCCUUGAUUUUCACCAGGUCUUAUAGGCAUGUUAACAGUGAAAAAAUAUUUAAUACUUUUACAUUUAUGAUAUUAUAUUAUGUGGUAAGUAAUUUCUUACAAACAUCAUAUUCCCUUUGUGUCAAAUAUCUUGAUCUCAUUUCAUGCAGUCAUAGUCAAUUUUUCAGAUGUUCUUUUUUAGCUCGACUAUUCCAUGAAUAGGGGAGCUAUCCUACUCGCCCCGGCGUCGGCAUUAGCGUCACACAAAUGUUAAAGUUUGCGUACCACCCCAAAUAUUUUCAAAGUCCAUUGAGAUAUUGCUUUCAUAUUUUGCAUACUUGUUUACCAUCAUGACCCAACUCUGUAAACAGGAGUAGACAACUCUAUCAAGCAUUUUGACUGAAUUUUGGCCCCUUUUUGACUUAGAAUAUGCUUACUGUUUUCCUCAUAGCUUAUAUUAUACUAUCAAGCAUUGAGAAUAGUCGAGCGCGCUGUCAACUGACAGCUCUUGUUAUUUCACCCAAAUAUUUAAUGGGUAUUUUUGUUUAUUUGUAAUUGAAAAAUUUAUUAUUUCUGAAUAACAACUGAGGUUUUACCUCAGUGUAAUAAUACUUUGUUAUUACUGUUGUUCUAUGAAUAAAGUUCGGGAUGAUGGACUGGUAUUUACUUUAUACUGACCUAAGUUAAAGAAAUGAGGUACUGCCAGUUUACUUGAGAUCUCUUUAUAUUGUAUUAAUUGAUGUAUGUAAUGGAGUAAACAAUUGAAUACUAAUUGAUAUGAAAUACUAAUGCGUAUGAACUCAUAUGAACUGUUAGACAGGCUAUGGAAAUUUGCAUUUAAUCUUAAAUUCAUAUUUUGUAUUUCAAUGCAUUUAGUUUAAAGCGCGGAUUUUAGCCACAGGUAGUUGAAGCUUUAUCAAUAAAUAUAUGCAUUAUCAUACCCCAUCCACUUAAUAUACAAUGAAAUAGUGCAGUUUGUAUUUUUUACUCUUUUUUUUCAGAGAGGGGGAGGCAGGGGGGGGGGGGGGGGGAGAUAAAUGGAGCAAUACGCCAAUUAUCCAAUACAAUAUUUGUAAACAAUCUUUCAUGUUUAAAAAAAAACAACAUUCGUCUAAUGUUAUGCUGAGCACAACUAAAGAAACACAGUCGGUCAUUUUAAUAACAAUCUUACACUAUCAAAAUUGCCGCAUUGUUAGUCUGCCAUACCUUAUCCAUGCAGCUUCCAGUUUUAAAGUUUGAGGAAAAUCACUUUUGAGAAAAACAUAAAUUCACCAUUAACAUGAAGUUGCCAACUUGCAUUGCUUUCAGAGAUAUAUGACUAAUCUGCAUAUAUUUUAAUUGACUGAGCUUCAAACAUCUGUGUUUUAACCCUUACCCUGCUAAAUUUCUAUAAAUUAACUUGUCCAUCCAGUACCAUUAACUGUUAAAAGGGGUGCUUACCAAAACAGGUACUGACUGAAUGGCGAACAGUGCAGAUCAUGAUCAGACUGCAUGGAUGUGCAGGCUGAUCAUGAUCUGCACUAAUCAAUUGUGUCCAGCAUGGUAAGGGUUAACUCCCCUGAUCCAUAGGUUUAGGGUGAGCAAUGGAUAUAGGAAGCUGGUCCAGCAAGCAUUGUCCUGCAUCAACACUUUCUUCUCAUGAACUGUGAUAAAUCUUCACUAGAGUGGUCUACAAUAUCCUUAUACAGAUUUUUUAGAAAUUUGUUCAAACGGUUCCACCAGACCCCUUUUAGGAAAUGCUAAUGCCAGGGUUAACAAUAUCUCUUCGUUAAUGUUUCUUAGAUCUUCACCAAACUUGUAAACUUGGUCCUUUGAAUUUUGAUAUAGAUCUAUAUUUCAUCUGUGUGGUUUCUAGCAUUGUAUAUAUUUGUAUUAAUAUUAAAUUUUAGAUUUCAAACACUGAAAACCUGGUUUUGUUGCAUUGUCGUGUUUCUUGUUUUAUUAUAAUUUAUUCUUUUAUUUAUGGAAUAGGAAUGAAGUUGAAGAUUGGAAUAUCUGGCUCUCAGGUAGCUGUUUUGGCAGUAAAUCUGCAAAGCCUCCUUAACCCUUACCCUGCUGAAUUUCUGUAAUGAACUUGUCCAUCUUUCAAUUUGGACAGUACCAUUUACUGUUAAAAGGGGUGCUUACUAAAAAGAUACUGACUGAAUGGCAAACAGUGCAGAUCAUGAUCAGACUGCACUACACUGAUUGCAAAGGCAGAAUCAAUUGUGUCCAGCAUAAUAAGGGUUAACAUCUGAACAGUUACCUGCAAGGGUUAACAUCUGAACAGUUACCUGCAAGCUGGAUAUUUCAGUCUACUACUACACUGGCUUAUUAUAUUCUUUAUCAGUACUAAGUAAUGUAAAUGUGUAUAGGUUCUCACAUAACUACAAUACCAAGUUGGAGUCUCUGAAACAUUUAUUAACAAUACAAAACAGUGAAAGUGUGAAAUGUGUUUUGUUUAUGUCUAAGAAUAUCAAAGCUGUUUAAACUGAUACUUAGGUAAAUUAAUUGACUAAAAGGGGUUACUGAAAUCUUGGACAAAACAAUUGUACAAAGUAAUUUUGUUUUUGUUUUAAUGUCUAGUGAUUAGUUAUAGUAAAAAUGAUCUCUUUGUUUAGUAAAUUAAGUUUUUAAAUACUAUAAUAAAAGUAAUGUUAGUUCAUUUAGAUAAUAAAUAAAUUUUCUUUAUAAACAAA